UGUGUGUCUGUGUGUGUGUCUGUGUGUGUGUGUGUGUGUUUGCAGCGCCCCUGGGUCUGUGUUUUUAUUGCACUUUCCUGCUGGUUUCCAGCUGCACCGCCAGUUCCGGGGAGGGUCCUGGGCCUGCGGCUGUCAGUCCCCACCUCCUUCAUAAAGUCCUGGCCUCAGGACAGUCCGCACAGCUGCCCAGCCUGGGGAGACAGGACAGACCUGUCCCACUCACUCUUUCCCCUACCGCUCCUGCCGGCAGCUCGAACCAUGGGAGGCCGCGUCUUUCUCGCAUUCUGUGUCUGGCUGAUUCUGCUGGGAGCUGAAACACAGGACUUCAGGGACUGUGCCCGGUGGUGCCCUGAGAACUCCUCGUGUGUCAACGCCACCGCCUGUCGCUGCAAUCCAGGGUUCAACUCUUCAUCUGAGAUCUUCACCUCCCCCACGGAGAUUUGUGACGACAUCAAUGAGUGUGCGCCACCGUCGGAAGUGUCUUGCGGAAAAUUCUCAGACUGCAGGAACAUAGAGGGGAGCUACGACUGCGUGUGCAACCCAGGGUAUGAGCUUGUUUCUGGGGCAAAAACAUUCAAGAAUGAGAGCGAGAACACGUGUCAAGACGUGGACGAAUGUCAGCGGAACCCAAGGCUCUGUAAAAGCUACGGCACCUGCGUCAACACCGCCGGCAGCUACACCUGCCAGUGUCUGCCUGGCUUCAAGUUCAAACCUGAGGACCCGAAGCUCUGCACAGAUGUGAAUGAAUGCACCUCCGGACAAAACCCAUGCCACAGCUCCACCCACUGCCUCAACAACGUGGGCAGCUAUCAGUGCCGCUGCCGCCUGGGCUGGCAACCGAUUCCGGGGUCCCCCAGUGGCCCAAACAAUACCGUCUGUGAAGAUGUGGACGAGUGCAGCUCCGGUCUGCAUCAGUGUGACAAUUCCACCAUCUGCUUUAACACCGUGGGUUCAUACACCUGCCGCUGCCGCCCAGGCUGGGAGCCCAAACACGGAAUCCCGAAUAACCUAAAGGACACUGUGUGUGAAGAGAUGAAUUUCCUCACCUGGACCCCGCCCCCUGGAGUCCACAGCCAGACGCUUUCCCAAUUCUUCAACAAAGUCCAGGACCUGGGCAGAGACUUCAAGACAAGCUCAGCCAAGGUCACCAUCCAGAGCAUCUUAAAGGGACUGGAUGAGCUGCUGGAGGCCCCCGGGGACCUGGAGACCCUGCCCCGCUUUCAGCAGCACUGUGUGGCCACGCACCUGCUGGAUGGCCUAGAGAAUGUCCUCAGAGGCCUGAGCAAGAACCUUCCCAUUGGGCUCUUGAACUUCAGUUAUCCUGCAGGCACAGAAUUUUCCCUGGAGGUGCAGAAGCAAGUAGACAGGAAUGUCACCUUGAGACAGAAUCAGGCAACGAUGCAGCUGGACUGGAAUCUGGCACAGAAAUCUGGUGACCCAGGCCCUUCUGUGGUGGGCCUUGUCUCCGUUCCAGGGAUGGGCAAGUUGCUGGCUGAGGCCCCCCUGGUCUCGGAGCCUGAGAAGCAGGUGGUUCUGAAUGAGACACACCAGGGCUUGCUCCCCAUCCUGCUCUCAGAUGUCAUCUCUGCCUUUCUGAGCAACAACGACACCCAAAACCUCAGCUCCCCAGUUACCUUCACCUUCUCCCACCGUUCGGUCAUACCAAGACGGAAAGUGUUCUGUGUCUUCUGGGAGCAUGGCCAGAAUGGAUGUGGUCAUUGGGCCACCACAGGCUGCAGCACGAUGGGCACCAGAGAUACCAGCACCAUCUGCCGUUGCACCCACCUGAGCAGCUUUGCCGUCCUCAUGGCCCCCUACGAUGUACAGGAGGAGGAUCCUGUGCUGACUGUCAUCACCUACAUGGGGCUGAGCCUCUCUCUGCUGUGCCUCCUCCUGGCGGCCCUCACCUUCCUCCUGUGCAAAGCCAUCCAGAACACCAGUACCUCGCUGCAUCUGCAGCUCUCGCUCUGCCUCCUCGUGGCCCACCUCCUCUUCCUCGUGGGGAUUGAUCGAACCGAACAUGAGGUGCUGUGCGCCAUCAUCGCCGGUGCCUUGCAUUAUCUCUACCUGGCCGCCUUCACCUGGAUGCUGCUGGAGGCCCUGUACCUCUUCCUCACUGCACGGAACCUGAUGGUGGUCAACUACUCGAGCAUCAACAGAUUCACGAAGAAGCUCAUGUUCCCUGUGGGCUAUGGAGUCCCAGCUGUGAUAGUGGCCAUUUCUGCAGCCUCCAGGCCUCACCUUUAUGGAACACCUUCCCGCUGCUGGCUCCAACCAGAAAAGGGAUUUAUAUGGGGCUUCCUUGGACCUGUCUGUGCCAUCUUCUCUGUGAAUUUAGCUCUCCUUCUGGUGACUCUCUGGAUUUUGAAAAAAAGACUCUCCUCCCUCAAUAAUGAAGUGUCCACCCUCCAGAACACAAGGAUGCUGGCAUUUAAAGCAACAGCUCAGCUGUUCAUUCUGGGCUGCACGUGGUGUCUGGGCAUCUUGCAGGUGGGUCCGGCUGCCCGGGUCAUGGCCUACCUCUUCACCAUCAUCAACAGCCUGCAGGGCGUCUUCAUCUUCCUGGUGUACUGCCUCCUCAGCCAGCAGGUCCGGGAGCAAUACAGGAAAUGGUCCAAAGGGUUCAGGAAAUUGAGAACUGAGUCUGAGAUGCACACACUCUCCAGCAGUGCGAAGGCUGACACCCCCAAACCCAGCACGCUCCACAUUUAAAGCGACAUUACACAAACGCUGGAGCUCAGAGGUCAAGACAUACAUUUGGAAACAGGUUAACUAGAAAAAUCUUCUGAAUAAGAUCUUCCCUCUUUGCUCGUGGAAAAUCUGAACAAUAGUUCAGCCAUCUAGAGGGGAAAGAAAAGACUUUGUUCUGUGUGUUUCAAGAAAUUCACCGUGUCAGCAAUAUGAAGGAUGUUAUGGAAGGUGUGCUUGGCAUUCAAUUCCUGCAGAAACCGGAAUUCU